AUGGUUCUCGAGGAGCAAAGAUUCCUCCACGAGGACAGGGAGCGAUUGGAGCAGGCUGUUGCAGACCGCAUCAUGAACGAGCCCCGAGGUGUUCGUGAGCGACUCGCAAACGAACAUGAAAUUGCUAUGUUCCUAGACCGCAUCGCGGUCCAGUCCCAAAGACUGCUGGAAAUUUACAAGGACGCAGAUGGCCUCCGUGACAAAGAAAUACAGUCGAUUUCUACGGGUGAUCAGUUCGAAGAAUUCUACAGGCAACUCGAGGAUAUCAAAGACUUCCAUAAACGCAAUCCAAAUGAAGCCGUUGAGAACCUCGAAAAGGCUUACCAGCCCCGCCAACCUGGUGAGGGCGAAUUCUUGCAAAUUGACAGCAUGUUUACCGGCGAAGAGCGAUUCGGAAAAUUUCUCGAUCUGACGACCAUCCACGAACAAUACCUUAACCUCCCUGGAAUCAAGCGCGUGAACUACGUUGACUACCUCGGCAUCUUCGAUGUUUUCACUCCCCCCACCAUGAACAUCAAGCGGAAGGACAAGGUCUCAGAUAAAUAUUUCCGCUACGUCGACGAGCUAGCCACAUAUCUUGAGAGCUUCUUCAAGCGAGUGAAGCCACUGGAAGACUUGGACGCGUUGAUCACCAGCUUCGAUGAGGACUUUGAAAAUAAAUGGGCCGCAAAUGAAGCCCCAGGCUGGGCGAAUGAACACGCAACCAACGGCUCUGCUAACGAAAUCUGGUGCUCAGAUUGUGAGAAGGGGUUCACAAAUGAAAACGUUCACCGAAACCACUUGACAGGCAAAAAGCACAUCCGGGCCGCAGAGGCAAAAAAGGCGGCAGGCACCUCAGAAACAGAUCCAAGCUCCCAAACUCCCGCAAACCAAACAUCAUCUCUCGCCAAGGAUCUGAAAGAACGUGCAGUCGCCAGCCGAGAACACCGCGUGCGUUGCCUGACAGAAAAACUCCAGGUUGAGCGAGAAGCUACCAAGCACGAGGUAGUACGUCGCCAAGGUCUCACAGAGCGUGAGCGUCGAACAGACUGGGAGGACCUGAUGGCUGAGCAAGAAGACCGCGCCGAGGGCCGUGGCGGCGAAGAGUCCGACGACGAAGAGGACAGAAUCGCAAACCCCCUCAACGUACCGCUAGGAUGGGAUGGAAAGCCGAUCCCAUAUUGGCUUUAUAAAUUGCAUGGGUUGGGCGUCGAAUACCCUUGCGAAAUUUGUGGCAACUUCGUUUAUAUGGGUCGACGGGCGUUCGACAAGCAUUUCGGAGAGGCUACACAUAUCUAUGGUCUGAAGUGUUUGGGCAUCACAUCAAACACCAACUUAUUCCGAGAAAUCACCGGAAUUGACCAGGCCAUGCGCCUCUGGGAGCAACUCGAAAAGGAACGCAAGCGGGAGCGCGACUCGCGGGAUAAUGUCGUGCAGAUGGAGGAUGCUGAAGGCAAUGUCAUGCCGGAGAGAGUAUACUACGAUCUCCAGAAGCAGGGCAUCCUCUAA